AUGAUAACUGAAUAUUUAUCUGGAGGAGAAUUAUUUGAAAGAAUUAAAAAAAUGUAAGUAUUUACAGAAAAAAGAGCAAGUGAAUUAAUUCGUUAAAUAUUACUUGCUAUUAACUAUUGUCAUGAAUAAAAAAUUGUACAUAGAGAUUUAAAACCAGAAAAUGUUCUUUUUUCAGGUCCUGAACCUGACCAAAAUCUUAAAAUAAUUGAUUUUGGAUGUUCUCGUAGAUUUAAUACUUCAAAAAUGACUAAAAGAUUGGGCACUGUAUAAUAUAUAAUAAAUUAUAAUAGCCUUAUUAUAUUGCACCUGAAGUUUUAGGACAUAAUUAUACAGAAAAAUGUGAUAUUUGGUCAUGUGGAGUAAUUCUAUACAUUCUCUUAUGUGGUUAUCCACCAUUUACAGGAAAAACUGAAUAAGAAAUCUUCGAAAAAGUUAAAUAAGGCAGACUAAAAUUUCCAAGUACUUAUUAAAUUAAAAAUUUAGAUGAGGAAUGGGAAUUCAUAUCAAAAGAGGCAAAACAUUUAAUAUAAAAGAUGAUAUAAGUGGAUGUGAAUUUAAGAUAUUCUGCAUCCUAAGUUUUGAGUGAUCCUUGGUUUUAAAAACAUACAACAAAUUAACCUAUUAAUAAAAAAGUGUUAGAUAAUUUAUCUCAAUUUCAAGCUACAAGUGAAUUCAGAACAGCUAUUGUUUAAUAUAUAAUAUCUUAAAUGACUAAUCAUAAAGAAAUUGAAGAUUUAUAACAUACUUUUCAAUCUUUAGAUAUAAAUAGAGAUGGUGUUCUUAGUAAAGAAGAAUUGAUUCAAGGUUAUAAAAGAAUAAUAAAAAAUUAAGAGGAAGCUGAAUAAUAAGCUGAAAGAAUUUUAGAAGAAAUUGAUAAAAACUUAUCAGGCUAAAUAGAUUAUAGUGGUAAAAUAUCAUAUAAUCGAUAGAAUUCAUUAUGGCCUCCAUUAACCAAUCUAAAAUCCUUUCGUAAAAGAAGAUUGAAUAAGCGUUUCGCAUAUUUGAUUUAGAUGGGGAUGGAUAUAUUACAAAAUAAGAAGUAGAAGAUGUUAUGGGAACAUUAAACUAAGAUGUUUGGUAAUUAUUCUUAUAAGAAACUGAUCAUAACAAAGAUGGAAAGAUUUCGUAUUAAGAAUUUCUAAAACUAUUCUCAAAAUGA